AUGGAGGAGGGGGGUCUUGGUGUUCUAGAUUUGAAGGAGGUGCAGGAUUCGCUAUUUAUGAAGUUUGCCUGGAAAUUGCUUAAGGGAGGGUCUAUUUGGGCAGAUUUUUUCAGGAAAAAGUACGUUGGGCAAGAAGAUGUUUAUAAGAUUAAUGAAGCUGGUGUGAGGCUGAAAUCCAACAAGCCAGAUGUGCUGAUUUGGAAGCAUUCGGUAGAGGGGAAUUUCACAACAAGGGCGAAGAGAAGGGCUGUGCCGACAGAUGAUAUAGUACAGAGUUUGGAUAUCCCAGUUGUAUCUAAGUGUCACUCCUGCGUAUUGCCAUGUGUUGAAUUGUUACAACAUGUAUUGUGUGAGGGGCAGAGUGCUCAAAGAGUUUGGAGGUAUUUUUCUAAUAGCUGUCAAAUUCGAUUGCCACAUAUAAGGAAUUGGAAAGGAAUGAUGGUGUAUUGGUGGCAGAGAGCAACAAGCAGAACGCAAGUAGCAUGGAUACAGGGUGUACUACCAAUUCUUAUUUCUUGGGCUUCACGGAAGGCUAGAUGCUCAUCAAGAAUGGAAGGAAUUAUUUUCAAUAUAGAAGGUAUAAUUCGUUAUGUAAAAUGUCUUCUUAAAGAGGUUGCUUGUUCGUUGCAGAAUUUUCAGAAAAUCAGAAAGGGAGAUAGCAUGGUAAUGCACAACUUCAGCUUGCCGAUAAUACCAACGCAUCAGAAAAAAGUAAAGUAUGUGAAAUGGAAAACGCCACAUUCGGGUAUGAUAAAAUUAAAUGUUGAUGGUGGGGCUCGUACAAAUCCGGGAGAGGCAGGGGGUGGGGGGGUGAUUCGGGAUUCUAGUGGGAGGUGUAUUGCUGGUUUUGCGCAUUUUUACAGGAAUGCGACAAAUACAGCUGCCGAAUGUAGUGCAUUACUAGAUGGUCUCCGCCUUUGUAAACAGUUACAGUUUCAGAAUGAUCUAAUUGAAUCAGAUUCAUCGGUGGUUAUGAAUUGGCUAGCUUCCGGUAUUUAUCGUCUUUAG